AUGGACUCGGUGGAGAAGGGGGCCGCCACCUCCGUCUCCAACCCGCGGGGGCGGCCCUCCCGGGGUCGGCCGCCAAAGCUGCAGCGCAACUCCCGCGGCGGCCAGGGCCGAGGUGUGGAGAAGCCCCCGCACCUGGCGGCCCUAAUCCUGGCCCGCGGCGGCAGCAAGGGCAUCCCCCUGAAGAACAUUAAGCACCUGGCGGGGGUCCCGCUCAUUGGCUGGGUCCUGCGUGCGGCCCUGGACUCGGGGGUCUUCCAGAGUGUUUGGGUUUCAACAGACCAUGAUGACAUUGAGAAUGUGGCCAAACAAUUUGGUGCACAAGUUCAUCGAAGAAGUUCUGAAGCUUCAAAAGACAGUUCUACCUCACUAGAUGCCAUCAUAGAAUUUCUUAAUUAUCACAAUGAGGUUGACAUUGUAGGAAAUAUUCAAGCUACUUCUCCGUGUUUACAUCCUACGGAUCUUCAGAAAGUUGCAGAAAUGAUUCGAGAAGAAGGAUAUGAUUCUGUUUUCUCUGUUGUGAGACGCCAUCAGUUUCGAUGGGGUGAAAUUCAGAAAGGAGUUCGUGAAAUGACUGAGCCUCUGAAUUUGAAUCCAGCUAAACGACCUCGUCGACAAGACUGGGAUGGAGAAUUAUAUGAAAAUGGCUCGUUUUAUUUUGCUAAAAGACAUUUGAUAGAGAUGGGUUACUUACAGGGUGGGAAAAUGGCCUACUACGAGAUGCGAGCCGAGCACAGUGUGGACAUAGAUGUGGACAUUGACUGGCCUAUUGCAGAACAAAGAGUUUUAAGAUUUGGCUAUUUUGGCAAAGAGAAGCUGAAGGAGAUAAAACUUUUCGUUUGCAAUAUUGAUGGAUGUCUAACCAAUGGCCACAUUUAUGUAUCAGGAGACCAAAAAGAAAUAAUAUCGUAUGAUAUAAAAGAUGCUAUUGGGAUAAGUUUAUUAAAGAAAAGUGGUAUUGAGGUGAGGUUAAUCUCAGAAAGGGCCUGUUCAAAGCAGACUCUCUCUUCCUUAAAACUGGAUUGCAAAAUGGAAGUCAGUGUACCAGACAAGCUUGCAGUUGUAGAUGAAUGGAGAAAAGAAAUGGGCCUAUGCUGGAAAGAAGUGGCAUAUCUUGGAAAUGAAGUGUCUGAUGAGGAGUGCUUGAAGAAAGUGGGCCUCAGUGGCGUUCCUGCUGAUGCCUGUGCCGCUGCCCAGAAGGCUGUUGGAUAUAUCUGCAAAAGCAGUGGUGGCCGUGGUGCCCUCCGAGAGUUUGCAGAGCACGUUUUCCUACUAAUGGAAAAGGUUAUUAAUUCAUGCCAAAAAUAG